AUGGGAGCAAAAGCGCGGUCUGAGGAUCCGGAGAAUACACUGGGCUACGUGUCGGAACCUGGAUCAAAGUACAAUUUCUCGAAUGAACAAGCGCGAAAUGCUUUGAAGCAAGAGGAAUUCUGGAUCGGCAUCGUGAUCCAAGCCAAUGCCACGACUGCUAUGAAUUACGCAUACAAUGAAGGAAAUACGAGCUAUGAUCCGACAGGCUCUGUACAUGUCAUCUAUGAAGAGGGGAGAAAUGCUUUGGCCAUUGACGAACUCGCAUAUCCAGCGAUGCUUACGUUCAUGAACUCUUUCGUUCUGCAGUUUGCCAAGGAGAAGCAGAACUCACUUCUUACAGCCAAUGCUGGGAAUGCUGCUGCUCUGGAAAGACAAGCUCAAUCUCCCAUACCGAUUGGAUUUUCUGUGUACAACACUGCCCCGUAUGUUCCAAGCACAGCAGAAGCAGCGACAGAAAUUGGCACUAUUUAUCUUAUAAUCAUCUCAUUUCUGUCGGUCCUAAUGUUCAACGCUCUUAACGAAGCCAUGAUGGGCAAGAUCUCCUUGCUCCACUACUAUAUAUACCGUCUCUCACUCUACCCUAUACUUUAUUUCUUCCUCUCAUUGCUCUACCUUGCCCUGUCCUGUGCCUGGCAAAUCCGGUUCGACAGGUUCUAUGGUGCUUCCGGAUACGUUAUAUAUUGGAUGUUAUCCUGGGUCUCGAUGAUGGCCUUUGGUCUUGCAGUUGAGAAUGUUAAUAAUGUCCUCGGCCCCCCUUUCACGCCAGUCUUCUUCGUUUUCUGGGUCAUUACGAACGUGGCUACUGGAUUCUACCCCGUCGAGCUCCUGUCAAACUUCUAUUUGUGGGGACUGGCAUGGCCGUUGAGACACAACUUGAUUGGGUCUAAAGCUAUUCUGUUUGGGACGAAAAAUCUACUGGGGUUGAAUUUCGGGGUGAUUAUCGCUUGGGUGGCUGUUAGUAUUGCGUUGCAGCCGUUCACAAUUUGGGUUCAGAUGCGGAAGAAGAAAGGAGAGGUUGAAGCACAUAAAAGAGAGGUCCUCGAAAGAGUCUAUGGAAAGAAUGGCGACGAGAAGUCUCGGGGAUGA